CCCAAUACCUCGGUUCACAUCAUCGACAGUACAUCCUCGCACUUUCUUCUUCUUGUCAUCUCUCUUCUCCUUUUGCAUCUCUCCACAUCUCCUCAGCUCUCAUCCCCCCGUGCCCCCAUUUGCACUCCGACCGCCCCACGCUCCUUUCACCGCCCUCGCAGCGCGCGGGCCCUCCUUCACUCCACCAACAUGAUUAUACCCCCAGAGACAAUGGAUGUCCCCGCAGAGCAAGACUACCGCUUCAAGCGCGGCACAAAGCUUGCCGACUUUGCACCCGUGCAACCCGACGCGACGGUCCCGCCGCUCUCGUCGUUUGACGGCCCCUUCCAGCUUGCAGAGUACCUCAGCCUCAAAGUGCGCGCCGACCCGCACGACAUCCGGGGGCUCGUCGAUGUGCCCUCGGACAACGCCAAGGCGGCCGACAAGCAUGUGUGGAUCUACGAGCAUCUGAGGCGGAUACCGAUCGACGCGACUCCACUCAUCACACAGCUCCUUCAGCUGUGCUCGCGUGACACUUGCCCCGAGAUGAAGGCCGCCGAGUGGCAGUACCUCUGUGUCGCCCAUGGCGGCGACAGCACCGACACAUGCUGCGCCAUCGACUAUAUUCUCCACACCGUGGACUCCACCACCGCGCUCCUGAAUUCCUCAAACUACUUCCCCUCCAGGCUACAGAUCCCACACGCGUCCCUCGCACACUUUCCGUCCCUCUUCCGCCGGUUGUCGCGCAUCUUCUCUCACGCGUAUUUUCAUCACGGCGAGGCCUUCGCGACAGCUGAGGCUGAGACGAGCCUUUACGCGCGCUUCGUCGCGCUUUGCGAGAAGUAUGAGCUCGUAUCAUCCACGCUCCUCAUCAUUCCUCAGAGCGGAUACGAAGUGACUGUCAUGGACGAUGACGGGUGGGGCGACGACGACGAGGACAAGGCCGAGGACGAGGAAGAGGAAGGCGAGAAGGUUGACGAGGAGCAGGCCAAAGAAGAGGACAAGGACAACGACCACGAGGAGAAGCCAACCGAGGAGCCCACAUCGCCUCGCCCGGAAGACAAGACCGAUGAGGAGAGGCGAACCGACGCUUCGUCUCCGCCCGCUGACUCGGCCUUGAGACCUAGUCUUGGGAGGUACGCGAGCCCAGGCAAGUGGGCGACUUCCCCUGUUCAGCCCGCUACCAAGGGCAAGCCAGCGCCGGCACACACGUCUGAGUCACUCAGUCCACCAAGCACCCGUGCGACGCUAGACAACUUUGAGGACGAGAAACCACUGCCCAAGGCUAGCACAAACAAGCGCGGCACACUAAGCCGCGGCAAGGCGCCUCGCGCGGCCAACGUCUGGGCUGCGGAGAAGGAGGCCGAGGGGGAGGAGGUGCCUCCUCUCCCGACGUCACCUGGCAUCGGUAUGGCGCGCAAGGAAAGUGUCGAGAGCGUCGUCUACGUCGGCAAGGACGGGGAGGACGAAGACGUGCAUUCCGAGACGACCUCUGACGCCAUCACAGACGCGGCAGUGACAAGCUCGCCCGCGUCCGCUCCGUCUGUCCUCGAGCCGGCGGCGCCUGAAGAGGCUGCAUCGCCAGCGCCAAGCGAGACUCUAGCCGUGGAGGAGACCGAGCAGUCGACGUCGCCGAAGACGCCGGCGCUCUCCAUCCCGACACCCCCGCCGACGAGCACGCUGGGCACGUCGCCGCGCUCCGAGCUGCAGGCGCGCCCAGACAAUGGGCGGGAGCAGCUCGCCGUGUCGCCGCGCGGCACAACGGGCCGGCGGGGACAACGUAAGAACCGCGUGCCCCGCUCCCCGGGCAAGAAGGGGCAGGGGCAGGGACAAACGCAAGGACAGGGACAGCAGCGCGACGAGCAAUAACGAUACGACCGGAGCACGUGUACAGUAGGCCGUGUACGACAUGCAUGACUUGGACACG